CCCGCUCCCGAGGGCCUCUUCCCGCCGGAUCCGGAGCUCCGCGGAGCCCAGCGAAGCCGCAUGAGCGUGGGGCUGGCGCAGCCAUGGCCCCCCAGCCCGCGCUGGCCUGGCUGCUCCUGCUGCUUCUCGCCGCCUGCCUGGAGGCCGCCCAGCCCCGAGACUUCACCGUGCAGGAUAUUGUCUACCUGCAUCCCUCGACCACCCCCUAUCCGCGUGGAUUUAAGUGCUUUACCUGCGAAAGGGCAGCCAAUAAUUACGAAUGCAACCGCUGGGCUCCGGACGUCUAUUGCCCACGAGGUACAAGGUACUGCUUUAGCCAACACAUCAUGAAAAUAACGGGAGAAAGCGUUUCCGUCACCAAGCGCUGCGUGCCCCUGGAGGACUGUCUGUCUCCUGGAUGCACAUACGUAAAACACGAGGGAUACAAGAUCUGCACUUCCUGCUGCGAAGGAAGCAUCUGCAAUUUGCCCCUGCCAAGAAACACAACAAAUGCAGUAUUCGCCACGCUGUCCCCCAUCAACCAGACCCGGAGACUCGCGCGCCCUGCCGUGCUGACCACAGCCUGUCUCUUGUUGGCCUUGAUGUCGUAGCACUGGCCGCCGCUGCCGCGUGUGCAGAGUCCAGGGCUAGAGGAAAAUGUUUGCAUGAACAUCCAACCUUUUUGUACGUUCUCAGGACUGAUAUUUUGGAAAUCUCUUCAAAAAACUGAUUUUCCUGUAUUUUUGUCAAUGAGGACCUAGCGACUCUGGUAUGUAGCUGCAGCUGAAGGGAUAAAACCUGAGUUUCUUUAUUGUUUUUAUAGCAACUCAUGCAAAAUUUUCUCACAAUCUGUGGCUUACACCAACGCAUAGGCUUUUCUUAACGUCUGUCUUUUCUCCAUGAAAUAUGUUUUGUUUAAAAGUAGUUUAACCCUGUCACUACCAUUGUCAUCUGUUCACGUGACAGUUUCUUGUUGCAAUAAUUUGUUACAGUAACUCUGUUCUUAACGUGAUUUGAGAGCACGCAGUAAAUAAUAUAGACAUUGCACCUUCAUGUGCACCCAAAUCUCCCCUUGUACCCUCUAGAAAAAAGAAAAAAAAUGGAGAAAAAAAAAAUGUUUGCAAGAGCAGCACAAGCUCAAGCGGCUCCGCUCUCGGCGUCGCAGAGUUUUGGGUGUCCCCAUUGUAGCACCCAUCAUGCAGGGUGUCACUUUGGCCCCUGUCUAGCAAAGCAUUUAAAUUUCAAGUUUAAUUCUAAGCAUGAAUAAUCCUGCCAAUGUCUUCAAUUAUGGAACCACGCGCAGUGCCCUGGGUCUGUACGUGCUCUUCCCAGGGAAUUAAUGGAUGGAGAGGGACUAGCCCAGCUCAGCUGUCCCUACAACAGGACUUUUACAAUGGAUUAAUAUAAGGCAGAUUUGUUUCCACGCUAGGAAACAACAACUAACACUGAGUUCAUCUAUUCCAUAUUCCCAUUGACUUCAGUAGAUAUCCUGCAUGCAGGAAAAGUGAGGGUAUUUAUUAAGGAUUUUAAACUGAAAAGGAUUAAAUUAAAAUAUAUGAAGGGCGGUGACUGCCCGGAUGGGGCUGCGGCGGCUACUGAGCAGCCUCUGUUCCCUUCUUGAACAAGCUCCUGUUACGCAGUAGGGGCUCUUCUUAUCUAUGCAGUUUGAUAGCUGA